AUGCAACGCAAGACGCCCGCCCUCGAGCACGCCAAGCACGGCAGCACGUACGCAACUAUUCAACAGGACCGACGAGAGAAGGAGGCGAUUCAGCAACGCAUCAAGGACCAGCAGCGACAAGAACUGAUGGCAGCACAAGAACCGGCGAACGAGCAACUAGACGAUGAGGAGCAGGUCUACGAGCAAGACGACAGUGGCGACGAGUCCUUCGUGUCUUCCGAGUCCAGCUCAGAUGUGCCGGCGAAGGCCGGCGCCAAGCGCAAGUCCGAUACCGUCGAAGACAAGGCACAAACCGACGCUGAGGAUCUCAAGCAUGUUUCCCAAGAGAUGAGGUCUCGUGCCUUUCGGAUGGCUUCUCAGGCGACGCCAGGCGGUUCUGUGACCACGCAACCUGGCAAGCUGGAUGUCUACGAGGAGCUUGUCACGAUGAAAUAUCUGAAGUACAUUCUUCUCAACAAGAGAGACUAUCCUGCCAAGUUCAAGGAAUCUGAUUAUGUGGCCGACAUCGACGGUUACAUUAUUCGCCUCGAGAGCUUGCGCGACUUCUUCAUGAACCACGCAGGCCCAGAGCCUGCGAAGCGGGCUCGUGUCUCUUCAAGCGCAAGCAAGAAGAAGGAUUCUAGGGAUGAACUUCCAGCAGAACCCAUGACGGUCGACGAUGUGGUCCGUGCAGCCAAGCCGCACCUCACAUUCAUGAUGAAAAUCAAGACGGAAGACAUUGCGGAUAUCAAUCAGGCCCAUUCAUUUGUCUCGCAACUGAGGUCACGCUUGAAGCAAGACGACACACACAGCUCGAAUGGAGGCUAUUACGUCUCCUCCUUUUUGGAGUCAGUCGAGGAGUAUCACAAGAUGUUGACCAGUCUCCAGGCCUAUCACCAUAAGGUUGACUCGGAUUCUGCCUAUGACGAGCGCUUGAAGGUGACGGUCAAGAGAGACGACGAAGACGCAGCCCAGUACAAGACGUCAGGUCCACUUGCCAAGGUUGAUGAGGUGUUCCGGGAGGUCUCGAAGACGAGGGAUCUACGGCGCCUUGAAGUGAUACAGGAGCUGGUCUACGAGCAUGUCUAUGAUCAUGGAGGGGUCGAGUAG